AUGGCUGACUGGCGUUGCUCCGCGCACCUCCCCGCGCUCAAGCCGCUCCUCCAAUCACAGCUCUUAGAGGCCAUCACCGCCGCCCUCGCGCGCAAGCCCUCCGCGCGGAUCGGAACCAGCGUGGGCGGCGCGUUCGGCUCGCCGACGGGCGCAGGCAGAGGCGGGAGCGGAUCCGGGGGCUCGCUGACCCUCGGCGGAAGCGCCAGCCUGAGCUGCCUGGCGUGCGGCGCGCUGACAGGCGCCGCGGAGCGGGGAGCAGCGCCAGGCCUGGCCCCUGGCGCUGGGGGCGGCGGGGGAGGAGCUUCUCGGGCGGCAGGGGCUGUUUCGGGCGGCGUGGGGGGCGGCAGCGGGCGGCGCAGCAGCGGCGCGGCGGCAAUCAAUGUCGACGGGAGGAGGAGCGCUGGCGAGGAGAGGAGCGCUGGCGAGGAGAGGAGCGCUGGCGAGGAGAGGAGCGCUGGCGAGGAGAGGAGCGCUGGCGAGGAGAGGAGCGCUGGCGAGGAGAGGAGCGUUGGCGAGGAGAGGAGCGUUGGCGAGGAGAGGAGGGCUGGCAAGGAGAGGAGCGCUGGCGAGGAGAGGAGCGCUGGCGAGGAGAGGAGCGUUGGCGAGGAGAGGAGCGCUGGCGAGGAGAGGAGCGCUGGCGAGGAGAGGAGCGCUGGCGAGGAGAGGAGCGUUGGCGAGGAGAGGAGCGUUGGCGAGGAUGAGCGUUGGCAUGGGAAGGGGUGUUGGGUGGGGAGUGUGUACGUAAGGAGUCCCGGUUUAUGCGACUGGGAAAUGCACCUGAUUGCAUCAGUGCCAAAGCAGAGGACCGCACCACAGCGCCAGGAUCACCAACGCAGGGGCAUCCGCACCUGCCUCCUCCCUCUCAUUAAAAAGGGAACCAAGCUGUUCAAACUCCUUUCUCCGCCGUCCCCCUCUGCUCCCCCUCCCCCCGCGUGUGGUUCCCCCUCCUCUGGCCGAGGGGAGAAGCUGCUGCUGGGGGGAGCGGACCUGUGCGCCCUGAUGCGCGCGGAUGGGGGGAAGAGUGGCUUGGCUGGCGGUGGGGGAAAGGGAGCUGCGGAGGAGAGCAAGGGGGAGCGCAGAGGAGCGGUGGGGGGUUCAGAAGCAACCGUUGAGAAGGGGGGAAAGAGAGGAGAUGCGUCGGAAAGAGGGGGACAUGGGGGGGAGCAGAAGAAGGGACGUGGGGGCAGUGGGGACCAAAAGGGGCAUGAAGCGACCAGGAGGCGCAAGGGAGAGGAGGAGGAGGGCGAGGAUGUGGAGGAGAGAGACGGGGGACUGAAAGGAAGGGAAGGAGUGAAGAAAGGGAGGGAGCAGGCGAAGCCGACAGUCAAGGGAAGUGAAAGCAGGGAUGAGAAGGGGAGUGGUGGUGGUGGGGUUGGGGAAAAGAGAAAAGGGGUGAAGGGGAAGGAAGGGGGGCGUGAGAAGGAGAAGCAAGGCGGGCAGGUGAACAAGGAGAUGAUGAUUCGAGCAGCCAUCAGCAUGAUGCAAGCCAAGAAGUUCCAGGAAGCGAUCAACCUCUUCAACCAGGUGGAAGCGGAGGGCGGGGAGCUGUCGGACCAGCUGUUCAUCGGCAGGGGCCUCUGCCACCUGAUGCUCAAGCGGAUGGAUGAGGCGGAAGACGACUUCACAGAGGGCAUUCAGCGCUUCCCCAGGAGUGCGGAGCUGUACAGGCGAAGGGCCAUGCUGCAUAUUGAGAGGAACGAGCGCGAGAUGGCCGUGGAGGAUCUGAGUCGGUCGCUGGAGAUCGAACCCGACAACCAGGACGCGCUGCAACACCGCGGCAUCAUCGCCUUCCACAUACACCUGUACGGCAUGGCCAUCGCUGAUCUCUCCAGGGCGCUUGACAUGCGCCCCAUGGAUGCCUACCUCAUCCGCGCCAAGGGCAUAGCCCUGGCGGGGGCAGGGCAGUGGCGCAACGCGAGCGCCGUGUUUGCGGAGGCAGUGAAACGCCACCCGAUGUCGGCGCACCUGUGGACGGAGAAGGGCCGCGUGCACAAGGAGCUGGGGGAGGUGGAUUUGGCUCUUGCUGCCCUUCACAAGGCUCUGGCGCUGGAAGACACGCUGGAGGCGUACAUCCGCCUCACAUCCCUCAUGCAGCUGGUGGGCCGCCACAGGGAGGUGAUAACCACAGCGAGGAGGGGUUUGAAGCUGAAUCCCAACGACAUCGAGCUCAACUACCUGGAAGCUUCCGCGCACCAUGCGCUGGGUGACUUUGAGGCAGCGCUGCAUCAGUACACGCACAUCCUCGGCCUCUCGCCCACAGACAGCAACACCGGCACUCUCCAGGGCAUGGCAUUUUACCAGAGGGAGAUAGCAGCAUACACGGUAUCCAAGCUGGACCUACCAUUUUCUCAGUUCCGCCUCGACUACGAGCUCAACAACGAGCUCAAGGAAGCAUGGGUGCGCAAGCAGUCGCCCCUCUCCAUCCUCCCCGCCUACCGCCCCCUCCCCAUCCGCCUGGUUCGCAACCCCCCUCGCAUCCGCUUCUCCCCCCAAGUGCGCGCUCUCAUUGCCAAGGCGGACGAAAUCGGGCGGCGCACGCAGUACUUUGUGGACGGCUUCAUGCCGCACAAAAGACAACACCGCAUGGCGGGGCUUGCCGCCCUGGAUCUGAUGCAGAGGGUGAAUGCCACGUGGCAGCAUAUGAUUGAGGAACAGAAGCCAAGAGAUGGGGAUGGGGAGCAGGAGGGUGAGAGGCUAAGGGAGAGCGAGGGUGACGACAGGGAUAGCAGGAACAACAGGAAUAUCAAUGGUGAAAGUGAUGGUGAUGGUGAUAGUAGUGAGGGGAGCAGUAGCGGAAGGAGCAGCAAGGACAGAAGAGCAAGUGGGGGAGGGGCACAGAGAGGGUCCCGACGGAAAACACCCCGAGUGUCCCUCCAAUCCUCCGCAGCAGGGAAGAGAUCCAAGGGUCGAGAUAAGCCCGCCGGCUCAUCUGGCCGAUCCAACGGUGCACAGCUGAUCUCCGGGUGGAGAGACAUGUUCGACGGAAUCAUACGGUGGAGGCAGCACGCCGAACCCUGCGAUACAAUCACAUGGAUCGACCAGCUCAAAAACGAGUACCCCAAGGGCUUCGGUACAAUCACAGCCAUGCGGGUCGGGCAGAUGCAUAACCUGAAAUACUACCCGUUUCAGGACUGGGCGUUUGAAGUUAUGAGAUCCGUUCUGCUGGAAACAGAAAUGGCGUCGAAUGCAACCAACUGGCCGCUGCCGGUGCCGCGGCGGGUGCACGGGAAGGCGAUAGAGGCGGCAGGGGACUUUGGGGAUUUACACCGCGUGGUGGGGGAGAACUUCUAUGUUACCACUCAGUGUUACAGCGAGGCGUUUCCCGGGCGAGUGAUGAACGGGACCCAGCUGACUCUCGUGGAGGCCUCAGGCUCGUACGACUUCACCAUUCGUACAGCCGUGACACCCGAGCGCAGCGCAGAGUUCUUUCAGGAGCUGCAGAGGACAUGGGAGGAGCUCAGUGAGGCCGCCACAGACACACACACACAAACCACCGACGUGCUCCUGUACCGGCGGCGAGUGAGGGAGGGCGUGCUGCGGAUGGGAUACUACUGGUAUCAGUUCAUGCCGCUCACCCGCGGGUCGGCGAUGGUCGGCAUUAUUUCUAUUCUCGGCCUCUCCCUGGCCGCUGACAUGGAGACGCUUUCGCUCAUCCCCAAGGAUGUCCAGGUGGACUGGGAGGCGAUCCUAAAUCCGCGUUUUAAGCAGUUCAACGACUCGGGGGCCGGGUUGGAGAGCGAGGGAAGCGGAGAAGAGGAGAAGAGAGGGGGAGGAGUUAAGGGGGAAGGAGGGGAGGUGGAGGGAGAUGGAGGGGAGGUGGGGCAGGGUCAAGUGAAGAAGCCACUGCACGUGGUGCUCGUGUGCCCUCAGAUCCCUGGCAACACCGGGUCCAUUGCACGCACGUGUGCUGCCACGGCCGUUCCCCUGCACCUGGUCAAGCCUCUGGGAUUCGACAUUACGGACUCGAAGCUCAAGAGAGCGGGGCUGGACUACUGGCCGUACGUGGUGGUGAACGUGCACGACAGCUGGAGGGUGUUCAUGGAGUAUUUCAGGCUGCAGCCGGAGCCCAAGCGGCUGAUUGCGUUUUCCAAGCGAGGCUCAGUGCCCCACCAUGUGAGUUGUGGUUAA